AUGCUGUUCUCCCCGCUCAAAGGGUUGCUCAGCGCCCAGGUCUUUUUCAGCAUUGCCUCGCUGAGCAACGCGCAGCAAUGGGCUGGAGACAAUAUCACCACCUCUCUGCCCGUUGUCCCCGGCGCCGAAAUCGCCUACUUCAACAUCAAAGAUGCCAAUAAAAAGAAUACCACUCUGCUGAAUUACAUGUCCCUGAACAGCAAUGGGAAGAGGCUGGAUCCCAAGGCGCUCAAGCGAGCAGUCAUCGUCGUCCAUGGACUCAACCGUGACCCGAACACGUAUAUGAGCAACAUGCUCUCGGCCUUGGCUCAAGUGACUGACCAUCCCGAAGUAAGCACCGACAGCGUCGCCAUUCUGGCCCCUUACUUCACCAACGGAGACGACAAGUACACCGGAGGCUACCCCUGGACCGACUCCAAAGGCUCUUACACCUCUGCGCUUGUCUGGAAGGGCUCGCAGUGGGCUUCCGGAGCGAACAAUCAGUAUCCGAAAACGCAGACGACCGUGUCCUCGUUCGCCGUUCUGGAUCAACUGACCAAGUACUUUGACGACAAGUCGUUGUUCCCCAGUAUCAAUCAGAUUGUGAUUGCUGGACAUUCGCUGGGCGCUCAGACGGUGCAAAGGUACUGCGAAGUGGGUGACAACCUCAGCACGAAAACUCCCGUCGUAUAUUGGGUCGGAAACCCCAACAGCUAUGGUUGGAUGAGCCUGGACCGCCCCAUUGACCCCUCUACGUGCUCGACAUAUGACGACUGGCGAGAUGGCUUAUCAUCGUACACGAACACUUACGGGGCGACGUUGGUCGCGGCUGGACGGCCUGCUGUCUUGGCCAAUUACAACACCAAGAGCAUUGCUUAUGCUCGAGGAACUCUGGAUCUUGGGGACGACUCGUCCGGCUGUGGUCCCACAACUACGGGUGCUAAUCGGCACGAGCGAUUUUUCAACUUCAUCAAAGCCUUUCCGCCUACCAGCUCGUGUACGAUUGAUUACGUUCCGAUAGGGCACGAUGCGGGUAGCAUGUUUGCUUCAUCGGCAGGAAAAGCACGGUUAUUCCUGGACAAUUUCGACGGGGCAGGAUCCAAGGCUUUCGAUUUCGGGUACCCUCGCCUCCAGGCCGGAGAUGACCCUUACCCCGAUCCUUCGCAGAGCUCUGCAGUAGCUCCCACAUCUCCUGGAACCUUCUCGGGCAUGACCUACCAAGGGUGCUACUCUGAUCCGGGCUCAGUAUUGCCUCUCAAGGCUUACUCUCGGGAUGACAACACCAUUGACUCUUGCACAGCCACCUGCGCUGGUCAGGGCUACAAGAUCGCUGGGCUGGAGUAUGGCGUCGAGUGUUGGUGUGGAAACACGAUGGGCUACAAGGCUCAAGUAACUACUGAUCAGGCGUGCACCAUGGCUUGCGCCGGCAACUCGACUCAAAUUUGCGGCAACAGCUACCGCCUCUCAGUCUUUUCGACUGGAAAUAUCACCAGCGCUGCGCAACCGUCUUCUCCAACACAAGUUGGGUCCUACUCACUCCUUGGAUGUUACAGUGAAGCCAGUUCCGGAAGAGCAUUGUCGGAAAGGAGCACCUCGCAAAGUGACAUGACGGUGGAAACCUGCGCGACUUACUGCUCUGGCUACAAAUACUUCGGUGUAGAGUAUGGUGCUGAGAUCCACGUCGACUACGUCCACAAGUGCAUCGGUUUCUACAACGACUUCGGGAUCAACAACGACUUCGGGCUCCACUACUGCAUCAAUCUCUACAGCAAGCUCAGGUUCUACAACGGCAUUAGUCUCUACAACGAGCUUAGCGUCUACAUCGAACCCAGUCUCUGCAGCCAGCUCAAGUUCCACGAGUUCAGGUUCCAUAACGAGCUCAGUCUCUCCAACGAGCUCAGCCUCAUCAGCGAGCUCAGUCUCUACAUCGACCUCAGCCUCUACAUCGACCUCGGGCUCCAUAAUAAGCUCAGCAAGAACCGGAACAACUACCUGAUUGAGUGCUACACGGAUCACUACGCCGGUGACAUGCUCACAACCUCUGCGAGCACACUUGAGCUCUGCAUCGAAGCAUGCGAUGCCAAUUCCGGAUGCGUCGACGUGGCAUGGGUUUACGGCUCCUGCUAUCUCAAGAGCUCCGUCGGAACUGCCAUCUCCAACAACGCGGUUCUCGGCGCGAAGCUCAUCACCGAUUCGUCAUCCUCCUCCUCCUCAUCCACCACCGCCUCUUCAACCACCACCACCACUUCCUCAACCAGCAGCUCCUCAGCAACCCCCUCCGCAACAACAACAGCCCUCUCCUGCCCCACCUCCGACGGGCAGACCUUCACCGCCCCCCGCGGCCAACUCUUCACCAUCGAAUGCGGCACCGACCACUUCGGCGGCGACAUGGGCGCGCCCACCUACCCGGGCAGCUUCGCAGCCUGCGUGUCGCAGUGCGACGCGACCGACGGCUGCGUCGACGUGGCCUACAUAUCGAACGGGCCGUGCUACCUAAAGAGCACGCUCGGCGCCUCCAUCAGCAACCCCAACAUCUGGGGCGCAAAGCUGGCGGCCAGCCUGCCCAGCGGCAUCACCGCCAAAGGCUGCUACGUCGACGACGGCGGCGCGCGCGCCUUCCCGACGCAGCUGUACUCCAACUCCUCCAACACGCCGGCUCUCUGCGCGUCGGCGUGCCGCGAGAAGGGGUUCAAGUACGCGGGCACGCAGUACGGGACGGAGUGCUGGUGCGGGUCGUCGCUGCCAACCACCACCGCGCCGGCCGCCGACUGCUCGAGCGCGUGCGCCGGCGACGCGAGGCAAAAGUGUGGCGGCGGCUACCGGCUCAGCGUGACGGACGACACGGCGUGGACGCAGAAGUUCUUCGCGCGGCAGGCGUACGGCGGGUGGAGCCUGGUCAGCUGCUACCAGGACAACGUCGACAACAAGCGUACGCUGGGCACCAACGUCGGCAUCGAUUCGAGCUCCGCGACGAUCGCAAAGUGCCUGGAUGCGUGUGCGGCUAGGGGUUUCGCGUACUGUGGCGCUGAGUACUACUAUGAGUGCUACGGCGGCGCGAGCAAGCCGGCUGAUAGCCUGGUGGUUCCCGACGCUACCGAUCCGCUGCUGGCGGGUUGCAAUUACGCGUGCUCGGGGAACGCGACUGAGGCGUGUGGUGGAGCGAAUAAGCUGUUGGUCUACGUGAACAAUGGAAUCUGA